AAAGGCAGGAAACAUGGCGUCAAAAAUAACAAGGAAGUCAUGAUUCGGGCAAGGGAAUUAUCUGAGUUGAUCGUCACGCCUCUUCCCGUCUUUUCCUUUCGAGUCGGAAGGAGCUGCUAAGCAACCAGGCAACGUUCUGGGCGGAUGGCUCAACAAGAGGUCUUUCGGAAGCAAAUCUGCGUGAACAUUAAGGACGGUGAGGAGACGAAAUGAAAUUUACAGAUUACUGCCUCAGUUCUGAAGGAGCCGAUGUUAUUCUGGCGACGUCAAGUGAUGAAAACUAUCCUCCAGAAAACAUCACAGAUGGGCGAUCUGAAACCUUCUGGACAACAACUGGGAUGUUUCCACAAGAAUUUAUUAUUUGUUUUCAUAAAUGUGUUACCAUCAGCAAACUAACAAUCCAGUGUUACUUAGUACAGACAUUACGGAUUGAAAAAAGUGUGGCUAAAGAACCAGUCAACUUUGAACAAUGCAUUGAAAAAGAGCUACAGUAUAAAGAAGGGGAGCUUCAAAUUGAAGAAUUUUCUUUUCCUGAGAAGCAAGCUACAUACUUACGAUUCAUAAUUUUGUCUGCUUAUGAUGCUUUUGUGUCAGUUCACAGGGUGAUAGCAGAAGGAACAGUACUUGAUAUUUCAGCCCAGUCUUAAUGUUCUAAUUGCAGCAUAGUGGAUAUUAUAUUGAUUUUUGCAAUAGAAAUUGUGUAAUUGAAGCCUUGAAUUAUUUUGUAAACUGUGUCUUUUGUAUGUCUUCAUCACAAAAUAUUAUUUUGGUUCGCAUUUUAAAAUAUACUUAUACUGAUAAGAGCUUGCUUUGUGAUAAUAUAAAUUCCUCGCUGUCAUUUGAAGUCUCAUUUUCCUCACCUAACAAUUGUUAAGGUAUAUGAUUGGAGAAGUGUUUCACACCUGUGGUCUGACUCAGUAUGAGCUAUAUUCCUGACCACCACCAUUACUUUGAGACUAUUUCAGUUGUGUGAAAGAUAUAUUCCAGUGCUGAACAUUCUGCCUACUCUGUACUCUGACUUGUUCUGUGCUGGAGUGAGCUCCAAGGUUCAAAAUAAAAGAAAAAAUUCUCAGUGAGUGCAGUAAAAUACCUGGGCAAACCUAAAAUAGUUUUGUGGAUCCUAAUAUUCACCUCUUAAGUAAACAAUAUGCAUUAGUAACUAUAAUGUUAAGCGUACUGGAUUCUGUUUGUCUACUAUGCCCAUGCUGCAGUGGGAGUGACAGCUAAUGUAAUAGGGUAGAUUAGUGGAGCUCACAGAAAGGAGCCACACUGAUCAGUCCUGAUCUGGAAAGGUUUCCCAGGUUACUUUUAGAACUGGAAAAGCCUAAUUACAGAAGCUAUUUCUUUCAAUAGCAUAAAAGAAAUAGUGGGAGUGCAGCAGCAGUAUAAGGUACUACCCACUAUUUGCUGAAAGUGAACAAUAAGAAGUGGGCAGGUUAUUCCCAAAUGGUUGCUUCUUCCAAGGUACCAGGAAGGUUGGUCAUUAUUUCAGUUUGAAUAUGCAUACAUCAGAAAUGUGGCAUCAGAAUCUCCAUGACAUUGCAUAAUAUACAUUCAGUGCAUUGUUGCGUCACAAUAAAUGGAGAUUUGGAAAAGUUUUCCCUCUUCCUCUUUUAGAAAUGCAUGCUUCUGUUGCUACUAUAGAAUGUUCUGUAGCUAUUGAUUAUCCUUUUGUUCAAUUGACAACCAGAAUAGUUAGACAUGGUACUUAAAAAUAACACAUUCAGGCCUAUAAAGAUUGUUUGACGAAGUUUUAAUAACUAUAGUUCAGCAUCUUGUUUCCAGAAAUACUUUUUUCAAAAUCAAGCCAUAGCUUUCCAUGUUUUAACUAUGACUGUCAUAAACAAAUAUGAAUAGAAACAAAAUAGAACAAGUUAUUAUAUUGGUUCCAUUCAGAAAGCUGUGAUAAUCAAUGUCAAAAAUCUAUGCCAGAAAAAUCAGAAAUACUCAUUGCUGCUCAGUGAGGGUAAAGGGCUCCAUUCAAAAGCUGCCCAUGUGCAAAUGUGUGCUACAUGCUGGACAAUACAUACUUGGAGUUACAACCCUUCCAGACCUUGCAAGCAUCCUUUGCUCCACCAACAGACUUCCAGAAAUCUUGGUUCUUUAUAAAGGCCACUUCCGCUUAGAACUGCAGCAAAUCCAAAUAGCUGUAGCCUGGCAAGCUCAACUGGGGAGUUAAGGAGAUGCUGUAGGGUAACGCAUAUACUCAGGCUCCCAUUGUGAACUGGUGACCAAAGAGGAGGUCAUCAUCUUGUUGAGUGGCAUGGAGGUUGCUUCCUGUGGGAAGCCGUGCAUAUGAAGCAAGCUAUCAUGUAGUUCUGACCAUUUCCAUUGUACCAACUAGCACAAUAUCACAGCUAUUUUGUUUAGUACAGUUGUAAAAAGUUGGAAUGAUAUGGUGAUGUACUUCAUAUAAAUAGCUUGCCUCAUGGA